AUGAGAUUAAAAUGGUUAUUUUAAGGAUACACUUCAGCUGUUCUUGACUUUUGAGUGGCUGAAAAGUGGCCUUGCGUACAGUAAUAAGUGCUUUUUUUUAAAUUGAGCUAUUGAGUUUGAUUUCACAACUGAUAGCGUCAAAUGGAAAUACAUAGUAUAUAUUUCACCACCCUACAACACACGCGUAACUGAGAGGAUAAGCAUUAAAAAGAGGGCUGUGUAAAAACAGAGGUGAAUUCUGUAAAAUCUAAAAAAGUUGCACAUAGUUAUCAGUGUAAGUUAACAGCAUACAACAUUUUAAAUGUGCUUAUAAGAACCACGUCCAAGAGACAGAGAGAUCAUGUCGGAUUGAAGUGCUGCAGGGCACUGAGUUUCUUCUCCCUUCAUAUUGCAGUACAGCCCUGAUGCAACUUCCCUAUCAGUUCGUCUGUGUCAGCCACCGUGCGUCAACUCCCUUCAAAAAAAAGACAAAAAAAUCCUUCUGGUGGCCAUGACACAGUGAAAUAUGGACGCGCAUUUUCAGUCGACGGGCUGCACUGAGUCAAAGAUAAAGAACGAGGCGAUGGUGCAUCAGUGUGUUGAUCACUAUCAGAGUUUACUGACCUCUUAUCCACAACUUAGUGAUGUGAGAAAACAUUAGGCGGCGAAGAAUGAGGAAUGAUGUUUUGCAGAAUAGGGAACACUGCUGUCUGUUUAUGACGGCGCAAACGCAAAACCAAUAGGUGCUGUCAGUCUGCUGUGAAGAAAUGUCACACUCCUGGUUAGCAGGGAGGGACAGAAGCUUCUGGUGGUGUUACAGUUCAAAUGAUAGAAGGAAGUGCUCACAAGCUGAAAAUAGGCUGAGCUGAAGUGCAAACACAUUUGGCGAGACUCACAGACAAUUAGUGUUCAGCUGUGUGGGUGAGGAUUAAUCCUGACCGCAUCAUGUCAGACAGCAUACUGGAGGAAAUCUUCAUCAAACGAUCUCAGCAGAAGAAGAAGACCUCCCCUCUGAACUACAAGGAGAGACUGUUUGUUCUCACCCAGGAAAAAAUAUCCUACUAUGACUUUGAUUCGGAGAAAGGGAAGCGAAAAGGUUUGAGAGGAUCGGUUGACCUGGAGAAGAUCAAGUGUGUAGAGACGGUCCAGCCAGAGCCCUGCACCCCGCAAGAGCGCAUGUAUGCUUUCCAGAUCAUUUAUGAUGAAGGGCCGCUAUACAUCUUUGCCAAAAAUGAGGACAUUCGGGCUCAAUGGAUAAAGAAACUCAAAGAAAUGGUGCGCUUCAACAAGGAUCUCAUGCAGAAGUACCAUCCUUGUUUCUGGGUGGACGGAGUGUGGCUGUGCUGCCAGCAGGAAGUUAAGCAAGCGAUGGGUUGCAAGGUGCUGGAUAGUAAGAACGGCUUCACAUCUAAACAAUCUCGGCGAAGGGGAUCCAGGAAACCUCUUCCUCCGACCCCAACAGAGGAGAAGUCUGUUCGGCCUUUACCUCCACAGCCUCCUGAGCCACCCGCCCCCUCUAUAGGUAUGACUGUCAUUGCGGAGUACGAUUACACACCCAUGACACCCCAAGACCUGGCGCUGAGGAAGGAUGAAGAGUACACCAUCCUGGAGAUGUCUGAUCAGAACUGGUGGAGAGCCAGAGACAGAUAUGGAAAGGAAGGAUAUAUACCUUGUAAUUAUGUUGUGGAAGCUGUAAAUGGGCUAGAAAAAUUUGACUGGUAUUCCAAGAAUACGAACCGUAGCCAGGCAGAAAAGCUGUUAAAGACUGAGAACAAAGACGGAGGCUUCCUGGUACGGGACUCAAGCAAGGCCGGGAAAUACACUGUGUCUUUGUUCAGCAAGGGUGGCGGGGACACCGGUGGAGGCUGCAGACAUUAUAACAUCUGCACCACCGCACAGGGCCAGUUUUACCUGGCAGAGAAGCACAAUUUCAGCAGCAUCCCAGAACUCAUCAACUACCACCAGCACAAUGCAGCAGGUAUGGUUAGCAGGCUGAAAUACAUUGUGUCUAACGGUGCACGACCUCCAUCAACAGCAGGACUCGGCUAUGGCGUGUGGGAGAUCGACCCUCAUCAUCUCACCUUUAUCAAGGAGCUGGGCACUGGGCAGUUUGGAGUGGUGAAGUACGGAAAGUGGCAGGGCCAGCACGACGUUGCCAUUAAAAUGAUUAAAGAGGGAUCCAUGUCAGAAGACGAUUUCAUAGAGGAAGCUAAAAUCAUGAUGAAGCUACGCCAUGAAAACCUGGUCCAGCUGUACGGCGUGUGCACCAAACAAAGGCCCAUUUAUAUCGUGACUGAGUUCCUUUCGAACGGCUGUCUGCUCACAUACCUCAGGGAGGGCCUGAAGCAGCACCCAACAACUGUCCAGCUCCUAGAGAUGUGUAAAGAUGUCUCAGAGGGCAUGGCGUAUCUUGAGUCACAGCAGUACAUCCACAGAGACCUGGCUGCCAGGAACUGUUUAGUAGAUGGGAAUGGCACUGUCAAAGUGACUGACUUUGGACUGUCAAGAUAUGUCUUAGAUGACGAGUACACCAGCUCAGCAGGUUCCAAGUUUCCUGUUCGCUGGUCACCUCCUGAAGUCCUCCUCUACUGCAAAUUCAGCAGCAAGUCGGACAUAUGGGCGUAUGGUGUUCUUAUGUGGGAGGUGUACACUUUGGGACGGCUUCCGUAUGAGCGCCUUAACAACACGGAAAUAGUGGACCAGGUGUCCCGGGGCCUGCGCCUCUACCGCCCUCAGCUGGCCAAUGAAAGAGUCUACAGCAUUAUGUCAAGCUGUUGGCUCGAUAAAGCAGAUGAGAGACCUAACUUCCAGGAGCUGACAUUGACUGUUCAGGAUUUGCUGUAUGAGCUCCAGUAGACCUCAAAAUAAUCACAACACACCAACAGUUCACUCACAUCCCCACAGAGCUGCAUCUCCAUCUGUCCCUGGAGAGUUAAAAACAAUCAAUAAAACAAUUUACAGCUUGGACAUGGGACCGCACAGCCACACUGAAGUCCUCUGUAAUGUGAAUAUGUUUAUUGUGAAUGUCCUUUAACUCUUGAUUAGAAUUGCCUUCCUGUUGCAUCACUAGAGGUCUUGCGGGCUGGCAUUUAUAAUGUGUACAUUGUAUUGAAGGCUAUGUGUUUUUAUUGUAUCAUGUGUAGUGUAUUGUGUGGAAUCAUUGUGAAAUGUAGACACCUUUGCAAACAAGCUUUGUGUGAAUAUAUAUUGCACAAAUAAAAGCCAAGUAUGCCAGGCUUUAAAAUGACUGAAA